GCCCCAAACCCAACCCAACACAUACAAUCAAUCUCUACACGGCCAUCUACGACCUUGUAUCAUCACCCGAACCGAAACUUACUUCUUCCAACUUUAAUCUUCACUCCCGUUUCAGUCUGCAGUCUCCAUCCAGUCGUCCCUCUGCACUCUUCAAAUCACAACGCUCCCUUUCUCCCCCUCGCUCCCAAAAGAAACAAGAUGAUUUCAUUGUCAUAGAUCUUUCCCUCAAAGGAACAUUCUUUUCCACUAGCACACUAGGUCGACGGACUACCCAGUCACCCAACUACGACGACACUACCACACUAGCACUUAUCAGCCAUUCUUUAUUAAUCCUCAUCCCGCUCUUGUUAUACUAUCUAUCUGCACCAUCGGCACCAUCUGCACCAUCUACACCAUCUACACCAUCUAUACCGUUACCGUUACCGUUACCUCGCCUCUGCCUCUGCCUCUACCUCUGCCUCUACCUCUGCCUCUGCCUCUACCUCUGCCUCUACCUCUAUCCCUUUUGCUGCCCUGCCAUUUGCCUAUCGCUUCACGGCCGACCGACCUCUAUUGGUCUAUUUCCCCACUGUUCAUCUUCCUACAGUCCCUUGUAUCUGUCUGCGCUUCUUUUUUUACACAAAGGUUUUUAGGUACGAUAAGCCUUGCAACGCAUCCGCAUCAUUUUACGCACCGCACCCACCGCACCACUUUCACCCACUACGCAACCAAGGAAUGCUCCACUUCGACCGUUUUGUAGGACCCUAAGACUCUUAGAGCUUCCCAUCAAUAAAUUUUACUAUUCCCAUCCCUAAUCCUGUUCCUGUUCCUGUUCUUGUUACCCUACUUCGAUGCUUCGAGGAAAGGCUUGAAGAAAAAAAAAGAACACCGGUAUUGCCGCGACGUCAAGACGACCUACGCCCUCGGGCUACUGCAUAUGACAAGCAGAAAUGAGCAGAAGAGAAAUAAUUCCCCUCCUUCGUGCAGGCAUUGGCACACCUUGGUUUUCAUGAAUCAACGACCUACUGCAUUUUAUGACCCAGUUUUUUGGAAUAUAUACCCAUUUGCUAUUUUCCCCAAUACUAAAACUACAAGUAAUGAAAUAUGAAUCCUCAAAUCGCUCGUCGUCAUCCUUCGCAGCAGUUGGGCGCGACUCCUGGAUAUGGAAUCCCUUCAUUCGAACCUCCUCCUCAGACUGGAAGAACAGAUCGACCUGCGCCGUUGCCAUAUCGAAAUUCUAGAAACCUCAGUGCCUCCACGCUUUCCCCUCUCCAUCGCGCGUACCCAGUCGAUAGCAAUGAAUACCAAAGACCUCUAGCGGUUAGUCGCAGUAUAUCAGAUCAAGACUUUGGUGGAGAGCACAUGCUGAGGCGGAAAACCCCAAAUGGGACAUUAGCCGCGGGGUAUGAUGGAACUCCUGUGCAGUGGUCUAGCAAGGCACCGGCUUUGAAGCACGUCGUACUUGAUGCCUCGGGAGGCUCAGCAUAUUCAGAUGGGUCGAAUGGUAUGGCAGGAUCUGGAUGGAAUUUCAAUUCGCCGAAUACUUUCAAUAAUCUUGAUCAGCGAGUAAAUAAUUUAUCGUCGCAGAAUUGGACAACGUUUACCCCUCUUCAGAAUAAUUUUUAUAAUUCCCCGGGCCAUGUAUCACCUAUGCACCAAAUCCCUUCUUAUUUCUCGCCGACUGGGUUUUCCGUUCCAACUGCGCGACAGCCAGCUUACCAGCCUGGUCCUGGCCCGACUGCAUCAAACGGUGGAGGGCUAUACGGCCCGUACUGGCCAGAUGGAAGUUACACUCCCUACCGACCCGCGGCUUAUAGGGACCACACAUAUGGAGGACCUGAUUUUCAACAUGUAAAGCUUGGAUCGGAAUACUUUGGAGGAGUCCACCCUUUGCGGCAAUCCGAAUUCGACAGCGUCAUCCCGCCGCUCCAGAGAGAUUUAACAUUUACACGGAUGGAUGAUCGCUCACAAUCAUUUGAUCCUAUGCAACAAAACCUGUUUCAAAUUGGUGGCAGCAGCAAUGCAGUUUUCUCUGAUCCUUCGGGUCCUCUGAUCCAACCACUGAGCAGGGCUGGAAAUGCCCAAUUCAAGGAAAAGACGCUUUCCUGGGCGCAUGCUAUCUAUGUAGAUCUGUUGGCUUAUUUGCAUCAGACGAAAAAGGAGAAUCGACAAAAUCGACUCUCUAAUGGCUCCAAACCCUACGCCAAAAGUGUUAUAUAUCCCAAGCCACCAAGGCAGCCGAGCUCAACCUUCUCUUCACCAGGGCCCUCUCAAGAUGGUACAUCUUUGAGAAGCCAUCGUCCAAGUCUCAGUCACCGUAAUUCUUAUGGCUUUACGGAUCCAUCGGACGGCAGAUACUCACGGUCUAUAAACCAAGUGAUGGGAGCAGGCCACUACGUGCCUUCUUUUCAACUGUCGCAGCACAGCACAGUAUCUCCCACAUCUAAUGCUCAAGAGGCACUGGAUCUUCUUACUAGUCUUUGUGAGGAAAGUCACUGGACCUGGGUUGAUGGCAUGUUAUUGGGAGGGUGUCUUGCAUAUGGGUUAGAGGACUAUAAUAGAGCGCGAGACUGGUAUGAGAAGAUAAUUAUUAUAGAUCCAAGGCAUGUGGAAGCAAUUUCAAACCUAGCGGCAACACUUCUGUGCCUACAGCGACGCGAUGAAGCAGAGGCAAACUGGCGAAAAUCUGUCAACCUUCGUCCGAAUUAUUUUGAGGCGGUUGAGCAUCUCAUAGGUCUUCUGUGUGGUGAUCAUCGUGGUCAAGAAGCGGUUGGUAUCAUUGAAUUUGUAGAGCGAUCCUUACGGAUUCCUAAAUCAGAUGAUCAUCAUGAUCAUUACAGCGAGACGUCGAGUAGUACUGACCGAGAGUUUCAUGAUUUCGCGAGUACAACUUCUGAUACAGUUGUUGACUACGACGAUAGAGACCGUCGUUCAAUCUUGAGUGAAAGGCUUGAAGAUAAUUCUGAAAAGGCUGGGUUCGGUUCAAGUGGAUUCGCCAUACCUGGAGCCGAAAAUGGUCGGCUAUUAGCUCUCAUACAUGCUAAGGGUAAUAUGCUGUACGCUCUCGGUGAUGUCAGUGCAGCAUCUAAAGCGUUUGAGGAUGCUGUUGUCAUAAGUGCAGGGAAAGGAAUUGGCGGGAUACAAGGACUCAUUCGCAGGAUAAUCCAUAGCCUGACACUUGACUGUUUUCCUGGAAUGCAUAACGAGCCUGCCUCAACGCCAAGUUCGGCACCCUUGCUCCUACCCCCCGAAAAGGCUCUAGAGUCAAAAUCACUGGUAUUUGCAAGAAACGGUGAACUCCCUGGUCUUCGAUAUAUCCCCGAAGGAUUAGCCCAAAAGGCCGCCAUCUCAACCACUAGUAACUCUCUGUUAUCUUUAGCUAAAAUCUUCCAAGAUGCUAUGUCCAACAACACAUCUCAACGGAUUUCAAGAAUGCCUACAGGGGUAGGAGAUAUACUCGCAUUGUAUUAUCUAUCUUUAUCAUUACAACCUAGUCCAUCAACAGCUAAUAACGUUGGUAUUCUUCUGGCAAGCGUGCAACAACCCGCAGCUCAUCGACCAAUCCCAUCUCGAGACCCUAAAAAUAAUACUACGAUACCUGGAGUCGUCGCUGGUAGCGGUGUCGCUUUAGCACUUGCUUACUAUAAUUAUGGACUGCUCUUGGAUUCAAGACAUGCACACCUCUACACCAAUCUAGGGAGUUUACUCAAGGAUAUUGGUCAGCUCCCAGCUGCGAUCAAGAUGUACGAGAAAGCAGUGCAUUGCGAUGGAACAUUUGACAUUGCUUUGGCAAAUUUGGCAAAUGCUGUCAAAGAUCAAGGGCGUACAAGUGAUGCGAUUGUGUACUAUAAAAGAGCUGUAAAAGCAAGUCCAGAUUUUGCGGAAGCAGUUUGCGGUCUUUCCAACGCUUUGAAUUCAGUUUGUGACUGGAAGGGAAGAGGGGGCGUUAUCCUUGAUGGUGGUAAACGGGAUCGUUGGCAUGUAGACGAUGAUGGAAUGAUAUCGGAAGCAAAUCCAAAUAAACACGGUGGAGGAUUGAUGAAACGAGUUGUUGAUAUCGUUGCCAAACAAUUGAAAGAAGGAUCGAUUUGGGGUCGAGGAACUUUGCAGGGUCAAGCGUUUAACCAUUUUCUUCGGCAACUAGAAGCCGCUGACUGUGGUGGCGAAUGGCCACGGGAGAAGAGAGAAAGUAUUCAGACUGCACUUGGCGCUUGGACUGGACAUCGCUGGGAAGGAGCUCGAAUUGUACGUCUGGUUGAACGUGCCACAAAACGUGCCACUCGUCGAUGGUAUCAAGACAAAUAUGUCAAGAAAAGGGAAUAUUCCCCUACUUAUUAUCCUCGGCCUCAAUUCCCAAGCAGCCUGUCGGUACCAUCGGCACCUACCGUGCUACCUUUCCAUACUUUCACUUGCCCAUUAUCUGCGAAAGAUAUACGGCAAAUUUCUCAACGAAACGCUCUUAGAAUUUCAGCUUCCACGUUGCGGUCGCCUUGGAUGCAAGGCUCAGUGUUUCCUCCCCCUUCUCCCCCACGACCUCAGCUCAAUAUUGGAUAUGUUUCUUCUGAUUUCAACAAUCAUCCAUUAGCGCAUUUGAUGCAAUCUGUCUUUGGAUUCCACAAUCCAUCACGAGCAAAAGCGUUUUGCUAUGCCACAACUGCCAGCGAUACUUCCAUUCAUAGACAACAAAUUGAACGCGAAGCCCCCGUUUUUCGCGAUGUCAGUUCAUGGUCUGCUGAUCGCUUAGUGAACCAAAUCGUUCAGGAUAACAUUCACAUUCUCGUGAAUCUCAAUGGAUACACUCGAGGCGCUCGUAAUGAAGUAUUCGCUGCACGUCCAGCUCCUAUUCAGAUGUCCUUCAUGGGCUUUGCUGGAACUCUAGGGGCUGAGUGGUGCGAUUAUCUUCUGGCAGAUGAGACCGCUAUCCCACAUGAAACCUUACGACCCUGGAGACGAAACAUUGACUUAGAGGAUCAAGUUGAGGAUGAACAGUCCAUCAAUGAUGAUCGUUGGGUUUAUUCGGAGAACAUUAUAUUCUGCAGAGAUACCUUCUUCUGCUGCGAUCAUGCUCAAUCGGAACCAAGGGAUCAGCAAGCAUCCUGGAAAGAAGAACAAACAACACGAUGGAAAAUGAGAAAAGAACUCUUUCCCAGCUUGUCUGACGAUGCUAUUAUUCUUGGAAAUUUCAAUCAACUUUACAAGAUUGAACCCACUACUUUCCGUACUUGGCUGAGGAUUUUGGACAAAGUACCAAAAGCAAUUCUUUGGCUGUUGCGCUUUCCUGACUUGGGUGAAAGUAAUUUAAAAGCAACAGCACGAGAAUGGGCAGGAGAAAGUGUUGCUUCCCGAAUUUGGUUUACAGAUGUAGCACCCAAACAUUUGCACAUUUCCCGAGCACGAGUUUGCGAUUUGUUCCUCGAUACUCCAGAAUGUAACGCACAUACAACAGCAGCAGAUGUUCUUUGGUCAAGUACACCUCUUCUCACCUUGCCACGUUACAAAUAUAAGAUGUGCUCUCGUAUGGCAGCAUCAAUUCUCAAAGGCGCAUUACCUCGAAGUGAGGAAGGUGACAGGGCCGCUUCGGAACUCAUCUCAAAGGAUGAAGCACAGUAUGAGGAAUUUGCGAUAAGACUCGCAAGAAACUUUUACUAUGAUACGAGUACAGGAUAUGGUGUAGGUAGAGGGAGAUUAGGAGAUCUCAGGAGAUUACUCUAUGAAAGUCGAUAUGAUUGUGCACUUUUUGAUACGAGGAGGUGGGUGAGGGAUUUGGAGGAGGCGUAUGAGAUUGCUUGGAAGAGGUGGGUGAACGGCGAGGGGGGCGAUAUUUAUAUUCGUUGAGUUAUUACGUUGGGCUUUUAGACACUUUGGGGAUGUCAUACGACAUGUCUGUGAUAGGCUGGAGGUAGUCGGGCGUUCAUUCUUCGUUUCGGGCGAUGUAUGGAGUCUUUUUGGAAGGCAUUUUUGGAUAUCAUAUGGAUGGCGAUGGCGAUGGGAGGUUUGAGGCGACAUGGGGUAUGGAUAUUUGGAUACCAUAGAAAUCGGAUCGAUUUUGGGAUAUACUACUCAAGGGGCAUCAGGCUAUACUAGGGUUACAGGUAAAAGAAGAUGAGGAUUCUCAUGUCAGGGGCGUUUUUAAUUCCUUUUUUUUUUUGGUAUAAUUUCUCUUCUUUUUGUAAUACUUUUUUCUUCUUCUGGGGAGCAGUAAUUUUGUGGGGGUAUCGAAACAGGAGGUGGUAUUGACAUUAAAGGGUCAGAUGGGUAGCCUACGGAUAUCUACACAGCUUUGGAGAAAGGAGGGUGAUGAAUCGAAAUCAAUAGAUUAUGUUUCUCGACA